AUGGACGUCGAACAAGUUAAUGCAGUGACGGAGCCGGAAGGCCACCAAAUUGCUCACCAGGACGUCCUGCGAGAUGUUUCACAGCGCAAACCAAUUGCCAAGCCGAAAUCGCAGGUGGAAAUUCUGGAUCUGGAAGAACUUAAAGACUUCCAAGGACGCAAAAGGACCGAGUUUGAAAACGUUCUAAAAGUUAAAAGGCUGGAUGUCAAACAAUGGAUUCGAUACGCUCAAUUCGAGGUGAAGCAGCAUGAUCUGCGAAGAGCCCGCUCUGUGUUUGAAAGGGCACUGUUGAUCAAUAAUAGCUAUGUGCCGCUAUGGCUGAGGUACAUCGACUGUGAACUGAAAGCCAAGAAUAUAAACCAUGCAAGAAACCUUCUGGAGCGAGCUACGAACUUACUUCCUCGCAUUGAUAAACUGUGGCUGAAAUAUGUGAUCGUUGAAGAAUCCCUAGGAAACGUCGAUCUUGUGCGAAGACUGUUCAGCAAAUGGUGUUCUCUACAGCCAGGCCAAAACGCUUUCGAUGCGUUUGUGGACUUCGAAGUCCGGUAUUUAGAGUUCGAUAACGCACGCAGAGUGUACGGAAGUUAUGUCUUGGCGUACCCAGGCGUUGAAACAUGGCUAAAAUGGGCAAAGUUUGAAAAGAAGCAUGGGUCUUCUGAUACCAUACGCCAAGCAUACUCUUUAGCAUUAGACACAUUGGCGUUGUAUCCGGCAACCCCAGAUGAAGAUAUUGCAAUUAUUAUCGGUGCUUUUGCAGAAUGGGAGGCCACACAACAAGAAAAUGAACGUGCGACAGCGUUGUAUCGAUUGGCAGUGGAAAAAUGGCCCAAUAACGAGUUUUUGAGUUCAGGACGAGUGGCUUUCGAAAAAAUGUACAACGCGAGCUCUAAUCUUGAUGAGUCCAUUGCCGAAAAGCGAAGAAGAGAAUAUAAAGUUGCGCUUGCCAGAAAUCCUCGAGAUUACGACAUGUGGUGGCUUUAUCUGGAUUUACUUGCAGAUCAUUAUCCCAGUGCAUUGGCUGAAGAGCUAGAAAAAUCAGUCUCGGGAAAUGCACCUGAGGAACAAGACAAAAGCUUGAGCUGGCGCCGGUACGUUCAUCUGUGGCUUCGAGUUUUAAUCUAUUUCGAACUACAUUCUGGGAAUAUAACGAAAACUCGAGAGCUGUUCGCGAGGCUAACGAAGGAAGUUUUGCCGAACAAGCGGUUUACAUUUGCUAAAAUCUGGACCUCGUAUGCCAAAUUUGAGUUGCGACAGGGGAACCUAACUGCGGCUCGUAAAAUUCUUGGUUACGCUUUGGGAACAUGUCCAAAAAGAAAACUAUACAAAGAUUACAUUGAUCUCGAGAUUCGAUUGAAGGAUUUUGACCGCGUCAGGAAGAUAUAUGAACAGUUUAUCGCGUAUGAUCCUUCAGACCUUGUAACGUGGUUCGAUUACGCUGAACUUGAAGAGAAUUUAGGUGAUGAGGAACGAGCUCGAGCAAUCUACCGGUUGGCUGCAUCAAGUGAUGUUGGUUUUGAUAAUGAUAGACGCUGUGAGAUAAUGAAGAAGCUUAUUGACUUCGAGACCGGAGAAGGCGAAUUUGACAAAGCUCUAAGUGCAUACAAAGAGCUUCUAGAAAUGAGCUUUUAUGAUUCAGAUAUUUGGAUAGAAAUGGCUCUUUACCAAAGCUCCAUUCCGACUGAAGAGCAACUUGCGAAAGAUACAGAGUCAUCCUCAUCAUUUGACCAAGAGGAAAGCGGACUACAAAUUACGGAUAAGCACAAGGAUAAUACUAGGCAGACUUUCGAGGAGGCUCUUCUGUACUAUGCAACCAACAGCCAAAAGCAGAAGAGAGAAGCUGUGUUGAGAGCUCUGAGUGACUACGAAGAUGUGCACGGCACUCCUGAGACUCAAAGGAAAGCCAAAGACAGGCUACCGCUGUUGAAGUAUAAAACUAGAAUUGAAGGCGGCGUUGAAGUUGAGUACGCGGACUUGGAAUUCCCUGAUGAUACUAAAAUCUCUCCAGAAAUGGACAAAAGAUCAAAGCUGCUUGCAAUGGCGCAAAAAUGGCAGCAAGAGAAGAAACCUUAA